CUUUAGGUGCCAGAUAAAGAGGCAAAUGCUCAGAAGUGCCCUGCAUCUCCUCCUGUUGUUUCGGCAACCUUACAUAUUACGCUUAUUACACUGUCCAGCUGCCAGUCAUGGAAAACAACUACUUUGAAUUUUAAAACAGAAGGCACUCACAGGGCUCAUCGCAUUGGACGCAAAAUUCUUGGCACCCUGCGUAACAGGCGCAUUUGUUUGGAUACUCUCUGCACAGAAAAAAAUCGGACUACUUUCCGUGAAUUGAUUUCCUGAAAACAGAUUUAUAGAGCUACUUUUAUGAGCUGGUAUGAGCAAUUACAGCAAAGCUGGGACACACAGUGUUAUAGUGCCGCUCCCUGAUUCAGCACCCAGUGAUGGAUAGCGCUCAUUGCUCGGAAACUAAUGGCACAGUACUCGCUCUCCUCCGGUCCAAACAGCGCUGACAGUGAGCAGAGACGGAGACUUAUGGAUGCUGAGAUCUAAACGUUUCGACAGUGGAUGGAAGCUGCUCCGUGCUUUCUUGUGAAGUUUUCUUUGCUGUCAAGAGGACGAAAUGGGAUCCAACCACCUGUUCUCCGCCGGGACGGCUUUUAUUUGGGCGCUACUCUUGAGUCCGGCCGCCCUCUGUGAUGAGAAGACCCACUCACAUGCUGAAGAUGACCUUUUCAAGACCCUGUUCGCUGGGUACAACAAGUGGUCGAGACCUGUGCCAAACAUCUCCGACGUCGUCAUUGUCAAGUUUGGACUCUCCAUAGCCCAGCUUAUUGAUGUGGAUGAAAAGAACCAAAUGAUGACAACCAACGUGUGGCUUAAACAGGAGUGGAAUGACUACAAGCUUCGCUGGAGACCGUCUGACUAUGACAACGUGACAUCCAUAAGAGUGCCGUCAGAGCUCAUAUGGGUACCAGAUAUCGUCCUCUAUAACAAUGCUGAUGGCGAAUUUGCUGUGACCCACAUGACAAAAGCUCACCUAUUCUACACGGGCAAAAUUCGCUGGGUGCCUCCUGCCAUUUACAAGAGCUCUUGCAGCAUUGAUGUCACCUUCUUCCCCUUCGAUCAACAAAACUGUAAAAUGAAAUUUGGCUCCUGGACUUAUGACAAGGCCAAAAUUGACUUGGAGCAGAUUGAAAAUACUGUGGAUCUCAGCAACUACUGGGAGAGCGGCGAAUGGGCCAUCAUCAAUGCCGUGGGAACGUAUAAUACAAAGAAAUAUGACUGCUGCCAUGAGAUUUACCCAGACAUCACCUACUUCUUCAUCAUCCGACGUCUUCCCUUAUUUUACACAAUCAACCUCAUCAUCCCCUGUCUGCUGAUCUCAUGCCUCACGGUUUUGGUUUUCUAUCUACCGUCAGACUGCGGUGAGAAGAUCACCCUGUGUAUCUCCGUGUUGUUAUCCCUCACUGUCUUCCUGCUACUCAUCACAGAGAUCAUACCGUCCACAUCCCUUGUUAUCCCUCUCAUCGGCGAGUACCUCCUCUUCACCAUGAUUUUUGUCACCCUGUCCAUCGUUAUCACUGUCUUUGUCCUCAACGUCCACCACCGCUCUCCCAGCACUCACAAGAUGCCCCACUGGGUCCACUCUGUGUUCCUGGACUUGAUUCCACGUUGGUUGUUCAUGAGGCGGCCCGCACCGGAUGGCCGCCGUCGCAGGCUGCUGCUCCUUCAACAGGAAGCGGCGGCAGAGCGGCGGCAGCUCCGAAUAGCUGGGUAUAAAUCGGGCAACUACAUCAGCACCUCAGCUAACUGGCUAAGAGAUGGGACCACACUGGAAGACCCCGAGAGAAGCUGUUAUGAGGACUUGGAGCUGGGAACACUGACAUCCUAUUUCUCCUUCCGUCCUCCUUCGCCCAGGCCUCCAGGGUCAACUCCUCCGCCACAACAAAAAACCCCACAGAACAGCCAGAGCCGACAAGAGGUGGUGGCAGGGGGGAACAGGCACUUAACUGGAACCAGAGGUAAUUCCACUCCUCGGCCGGCUAAAGUUGACAAUAAAGUGUCACAGUCAGCUUUCCUGCUUUCACCAAGUGUCAUGCGUGCAUUAGAAGGGGUGCACUACAUUGCAGACCACCUGAGGGCUGAGGAUGCUGACUUCAGUGUGAAAGAGGACUGGAAGUAUGUCGCCAUGGUGAUUGACCGUAUCUUCCUGUGGAUGUUCAUUAUUGUCUGCCUGCUUGGGACAAUUGGCCUCUUCUUGCCCCCGUGGCUAGCCGGCAUGAUUUAAGGCUUCUGGGAAAGGGUUGAAUUCACAGUCACCUCCUCUUGAAAGAUACUUUAAAGUGUAGCUGAACUCUUCUUUAAUCUGACUCAACUUUGUGUAACUCGGUGCAACCCAGGUGUCCUCAAAAGGCCGUUGUGCUCUUUACACUUCACCAAAUAUAACUUAUGAAUAGUGGAGACAACUCGGCUAUUUUCAUAUUCUUAUUCCCAGUUGGGUAAAAAUCAACUACAAUCUACAUUUUUAAGGGAAGAUCAGACUCAGCUACCUACUGUUAGCUAUAAAGUCUUGGCUCAAGUUUCAUCUCAGACGCACUUUGUCAGCCUCAGGUUUACUCCUUAAGCAUCAUCUGUAACAUUUCUCAGGUUGUUUUUGACCUGAAUGCAAACAUUUGCAUGUUAACAUUCACUAAAGUUAACAUGGCUGUUGAAAACUGUGCUAAUGUUGGUAUUUUAAUGUGCAAAUGUUAAUCCCUUUUUAGCAUGUUAGCAUAACAUGCUAGUUAAAUAUGUAGUGCCAACGGCUGUGUUAGUAGGGUGUCACAGUGAUCACAUCUUUUCUUUCCUAUAGUUUCAGGGAUUGCAGCUUAAAACUCAACAACUUAAUAACAUUGCAUUCACUGAUAGCAGAGGGAUCAGUGGAAGCUGUUUGUCAUCUUGCUGUCUUAGCAGAAGUCAAACUCUGAAUCAGACUCAGUUUAUCAUCCCAAUGUUAGCUUGUUGUAAAAGGCUCAAGGAUGGAGAUUAAAACAUUAAGAAAACAAGCUUGUUUUAAAUUCGUCUCAUUUUCAUGCUCUUUACUUCAUAGUUUUCUGUCUGUCUUUUUGAUAUGUCCAGAAAAUGAUGAAAGCGGCUAUAUGUGCCGGCGGGGCCAUGCGCGUGUCAUCACAUGUCAUCUGCCUUAAAGGCGUGAAUAAAGGUUUCUUCAGCCAGGACACGCGAAGGCUUGAUAUUCCAUACUUAUGUGUGGUACCGAGUGAAUCGACUGAAAGGGAACUAACUAUAGAGUCUAUUCUACAUUUGAGUCGUAUUUUAAUAAUAUUUGUCAUGAAUCUGUUCUCUUGGAUUCUAAGCAAAGUUUUCUUUGACCACAUAUUCUGGAUGGUGGUGAAUAAUCCUUCAAGAAAUGGGCAUUCAAAUGUGAUAUACUCCUCAGUGCAUCCCUAGUCUGAUUUUAGUAGGGGUAACUGGACUGGCUGCUCCAAAGGGGAUCUUGGAUAAAUGACUAAAUAUAAUAAUUUUCCAUUUAAUUUGCCACCGUUGGUCAGUGGUAUUGCUCAAAACUGCUUCAUGAAGUUUUGAAUUCAUUUGGUACUUUUAAAGGUUUCCAGUCAUGAGCUAAAAUAUGAAGAGCUUAGUCUGUGUUGCAAGAUUUAUUAGGAUUCAUCCGCUGGAGCCAUCAAAUGCAUGGAAAUUCAUCACAAUCUGUUCAAGUUGCCAUGAUACUGGUAAACCAGUGAACGUUUAAAAAAUAGGGAGAAUUAAAUAUGUAAACAAUACCAUCUGGGUUACUUUUUAUCAGAUUAAAAGUUGUUGAUGACACUGUUCUCUUUGUGUAUGGUGGGAUGAACACCCAUUAUUGUAGACUAUAUUGGAUGAUUUGGGGUGAUUUGGUUUGGACAGAAAAAUGCAUCAACACAGGUUUUUCAUUCUGGCGAUGCUGCAACAAUUCCAAGUAUUUUUGAUUGAGCAUACUAUACAAUAAAAACCCAUGAAACAAAUUUGAAAAU